AUGUCUGAUGAUGAAGAGCUUAUCAGGUUUGUCCAAGAACAUAGAAGCUCGACGGUUACUUCAAAUUUUAUCAAGACGCUAAGGAAAUUGGUUGAGAACUGUCGAGGUGACUCUAACAAGUUUGUAGCUGGAUGCAAAGCUCUUGGUGGAUUUCAAGGUCAAGAUGAGUUUUUAGGGACAUUGUUUGUCAGAUUAAAUGGUAGAAAGGCGAUUCCACUGCCGCCUGUUAAGCGCAAGAUUCGAUUACAGUUGGAUUUAGAUGAAGACGAAGACGAAAAUGAAGAUGGAGAAGAGCAAGAUAUACCACUGUUCAAACCCAAGAGGAAUCCCUCGCAGUUCAAAAGGAUUGAUAAGAAUACUGCACAGAAACUGAAAGAGUUUAACAAGGAUGCUGCAGUGUUAAAAGAUAAGGAUAAGCAACAAAUAAGCACAACCACAGAAGAGGAUAAAUCUGGUACUUCAAUUGGUAUGCCUAAGCUUCAAGCAGUCUCUGAUAAUGAAGAGGAGGAUCAAGAAGAGUCUGGUAAUGAUACUGAUGGAUCUGUUGUUUCCGAAGAUUCUGUAGCCGAGGAUAGAGAAUGGUACAAUUAUGACGAUGACUACGGCAAUCCAGUGACAGAGGAACCAGCCAAAGACAUGGAUUUUAAGAACCCUGUACAAUCUUACAAAAAUUUCAAAAUGCCUACGACUUCGGUACAGUUGUACACCAUGCCCGUCAGUCAGAGAAAGCAGUUUUUACCUCCAUUUCUCAAAAAAAAUUAUCAGUUACAAGGUGUUACUGAUGCGACGAUCGUUGGUUCUUUCCUCGAUUCCCCUUUGAGUGGAUUGGUGAAUCCAUUUAAGAAUCCAGAUGGUGAACUGUCCGUCAGCGCCAAAAAGGGUAGUCAUUUAGUAGCUCUUCGACGUCUACAGAAGGAUAAGACUCAAAGAUCAAGAGAAGCCGCCGAUGUGGUGGGGACCGCACUAGGUGAUGUUUUGGGACUCAAGGAAAAGGACCAGAAUCAAACUGCUGUCGAUGUAUCUAAUGAUGCUACAGACCAAGAGGUAUCUUCAAGAGAGGAUAUUUUACAAGCUCGUAAAUCCCUCCCUGCUUAUGCGAUGAGAUCUCAAAUCAUACAAACGAUUAGAGAUAAUCAAGUGACUAUUAUUAUUGGUGAAACUGGGUCUGGUAAGACAACGCAGUUGGCUCAAUAUUUGGAUGAAGCUGGUAUUUGUCAAAGCGGUAAAUCUAUAGGAUGUACCCAACCACGUAGAGUGGCAGCGAUGUCUGUGGCUAAAAGAGUUGCAUUGGAAAUGGGUGUUGAAUUGGGUCAGGAAGUCGGGUACUCCAUUAGAUUCGAAGACUGUACUUCUAAUAAAACAAAAAUCAAAUUCAUGACAGACGGUAUACUUUUGCGUGAAGCAUUGAUGGAUCAUACUUUGGAAAAAUACGAUUGUAUUAUUAUUGAUGAAGCGCAUGAAAGGUCUUUAAACACUGAUGUCAUUUUGGGGUUGUUCAAAAGGUUACUGGCUAGAAGAAGGGAUAUUAAGCUGAUCAUAACAUCUGCUACCAUAAAUGCUACAAAAUUCGCAGAUUUCUUUGGUGGGGCACCUUUGUGCACUAUUCCAGGUAGGACUUUUCCCAUUCAAAUUAUUUAUUCUAAACAUCCAGUAUCCGAUUACGUGGAAGCCUCUGUCAUGCAGGCAAUACGUAUUCAUUUGUCGGCAGAUGUCGAUGCAGGUGACAUCUUAAUAUUCAUGACGGGACAAGAAGAUAUUGAGGCAACUAAUGACGCUCUACGAGAGAAAUUGACAGAGGUCUAUUCCAAGAGUAUGGGUAUAACCCGUUAUGAUGAGAUUAAUAAUGUUGAAAUCUUUCCUAUUUAUUCUGCACUGCCAGCUGAUGUUCAAAGUCGUAUCUUUAAGAAGUUGGAAUCUGGUAAGAGAAAGAUUGUGAUCUCUACCAACAUUGCCGAGACUUCUUUGACUAUAGAUGGUAUAAGAUACGUGGUUGAUUGUGGAUUUUCCAAGUUAAAAGUUUACAACCCGAAGAUUGGUUUGGAUAGUUUGACUAUUACUCCUAUUUCAAGAGCAAAUGCUGAUCAGAGAUCUGGUAGAGCUGGUCGUACAGGGCCUGGUACCGCUUAUAGGAUGUAUACCGAAGAUGCCGCCUACGAUGAUAUGUACAGCCAAGCAAUUCCGGAAAUUCAAAGAACUAAUUUGUCCAAUACGGUACUUCUUCUUAAGUCCCUACAUGUCGACGAUAUCCUAAAGUUCCCGUUUAUCGAUCCGCCUCCGUUACAGACUUUGUUGGCAUCGUUGUACGAAUUGCAUUUUUUGGGGGCACUGGAUAAUUUUGGUAAUUUAACUUCCUUGGGAACUGAAAUGUCCAAACUACCAUUGAGACCUUCACUUUCUAAGGCUUUGCUCAUUUCUGCAAGGAAUGGUUGUAGUGAAGAGAUGGUCACCAUCGUUUCCAUGCUUUCAGUUCCAAUCGUAUUUUACAGGCCUACAGAGAGACAGAAAGAGUCAGAUCAAGCUAGAAGCAGGUUCUUCGUUCCAGAAUCUGAUCAUUUAACGUUCUUGAACGUUUAUUCUCAGUGGAAGAGUAACAGGUAUUCUCAUAGAUGGUGUGGUAGACAUUUUCUUCAAUACCGGUCAUUACAAAGAGCUAGAGACAUCAGAGUCCAACUGGUCAAAAUUAUGCAAUCACAAGGAAUUCCAUUGGUUUCCUCGGGUACAGAAUGGGAUAUCGUUCGGAGAUGUAUUUGUUCGGGGUUUGCUCAUCAGGCGGCUAAAAUAUCAGGUUUAGGUAAAUAUGUCCAUUUGAAAACGGGGAUGGAAGUUCAGCUGCAUCCUACAAGUGCAUUAUAUGGGAUGGGUGAUCUUCCUCCUUUUGUUGUCUACAACGAGUUGCUCAUGACAACUAAGGAGUACAUUAGCUGUGUCACAUCGGUGGAUCCUUUUUGGCUAAUGGAUUAUGGUGGACUACUCUAUGACAUCAAGAGGAUUAAAGAAAUUGAUAAUAAUGAUGUAAAGGGGUUUUUCCAAUUAGUUGACGAACCGCAAGAGAGAGAGGAUGAACCUGAUGAGUUAGAUUUAAGGAUGAAGGAUUGUUUAGCCGCUAGAGAUAGAGUCAUUCGACGUCUUGAAGAAAGCGACAAGAAAUUUGCACAACAGAAUAGCGAUUCAUUACGUUCGUCAUCGUCAUCAUCGUCAAACAAGAGGGAUACCGAUAAAUCGGUGCAAAUUGGAUUCAAGAGACGACGUCCGUUUUAA